AUGGGCCUGAGCGACGACAGGGAUCGCAUUGUGAUAAACGUGGGAGGGAUCAGACAUCAGACAUACCGCAGCACCCUGCGCACCCUACCUGGCACUCGCCUGUCCUGGCUGGCCGAGCCCGAUGCACCCAACCACUUUGACUAUGAUGCCAAGAUCGAGGAGUUUUUCUUCGACCGCCACCCUGGCGUGUUUGCACAUAUCCUCAAUUAUUACAGGACAGGUAAACUGCACUGCCCGGCUGACGUCUGCGGGCCUCUCUAUGAGGAAGAACUGGCCUUCUGGGGCAUUGAUGAGACAGACGUGGAGCCAUGCUGCUGGAUGACCUACCGCCAGCACCGGGAAGCAGAGGAGGCCCUUGAUAGUUUCGGCGGGGGGGGGCUGUUAGACCUGGGGAGCGAUGAUCCCGAGCCAGAGCCGGAGCAUGCCGAGGACGAUGUGGAUGAAAUGACGAGGAGGCUGGCGCAGGGAGACUCUCCUGAUGCCAGGAGUGGGAGCCUGUGGAGCCGGUGGCAGAAACAUGUUUGGGCCCUGUUUGAGGACCCUUACUCCUCUAAAUAUGCAAGGUGGGUGGCUCUGGCCUCGCUGUUCUUUAUUCUGGUGUCCAUCACCACCUUCUGUCUGGAGACCCACGAGGCCUUCAACCCCAUCAUCAACCGUACUGAGCUGGAGCUGGUGGACAACAUCACAGUGGAGCACACCUACCAGGAGACUGAGACUGCGGCCUACCUCACCUACAUUGAGGGCGUUUGUGUGGUGUGGUUCACUUUUGAAUUUCUUAUGCGAAUAACUUUCUGCCCGAACAAAUUUGACUUCAUUCGGAACGCCCUGAACAUCAUCGACUUUGUGGCCAUCCUGCCCUUCUACCUGGAGGUGGGUCUCAGCGGGCUCUCCUCCAAGGCAGCCAAGGAUGUGCUGGGUUUCCUGAGGGUGGUCCGCUUUGUGCGGAUCCUGCGUAUCUUCAAGCUGACACGUCACUUUGUGGGGCUGAGGGUGCUGGGCCACACAUUGAGGGCCAGCACCAAUGAGUUCCUGCUCCUCAUCAUCUUCCUCGCUCUCGGUGUCCUCAUCUUUGCUACCAUGAUCUACUACGCUGAACGAAUUGGAGCUAACCCCAACGACCCUCGAGCCAGUGAGCACACACACUUCAAGAACAUCCCGAUCGGAUUCUGGUGGGCUGUGGUGACCAUGACGACCCUCGGCUACGGAGACAUGUACCCUCAGACGACGUCCGGUAUGCUGGUCGGAGCCCUGUGCGCCCUGGCAGGAGUGCUGACCAUCGCCAUGCCCGUCCCCGUGAUUGUCAACAACUUUGGAAUGUAUUACUCACUGGCAAUGGCAAAACAGAAACUACCAAAGAAAAAAAAUAGGCAUAUCCCUCGAGCUCCCCAACCAGGUUCUCCUAACUUCUGUAAGUCAAGCAUCAGCUCCCAACACCAGAGCCCCAUUGCCCAUGACGACGUUUUCGAGAUAAAGUUUCAAGAUUCCAAGCUGAACGGCGAGGCAGCUAACGCAGCUCUGGCAAACGAAGAUUGUCCUCAUAUAGACCAGGCCAUAUCUCCAGAGGAAAUCUUCAGCCCUAGUGAGAGAGAGCGACCCUGCUUCCUGGUCACCACUGCUGAACGCCCCAACCACACUGGGGGCAGAGUGAGGAGGGGUUAUGAAAAGCCUUGGAGCCUUAACAGCAUGUCUGGCAUGAGCGGGGAUGCCUCUGGAGUGUCCUCAGUGUCCGCCCUGCCCUGCAGCCCACCCUGUCUAAUGCAGCACUCACAUUCUCCCAUCCCAUCCAUUAUGUAG